AUGGUCCAGAUCAGCGAAGUGAAGGGCAACUCGCGCGAGAACAGAACCGCGGCGCAUACACACAUUCGGGGUCUUGGCUUGCGCUCUGAUGGAACUCCCGAAACCUCUGCUGAUGGUUUCGUUGGACAGGGAGCUGCCCGUGAGGCAUGCGGCGUUGUGGUGGACUUGAUCAAGGCGAAGAAGAUGGCUGGACGCGCCGUACUACUUGCUGGUGGCCCCGGAACCGGAAAGACUGCUCUGGCCCUUGCUGUGUCACAGGAGCUGGGAACCAAGGUUCCUUUCUGUCCCAUCGUGGGCAGCGAGGUCUACUCUGCAGAGGUCAAGAAGACCGAGGCAUUGAUGGAAAACUUCCGCAGAGCUAUUGGUCUCCGUGUUCGCGAAACGAAGGAAGUUUAUGAGGGAGAAGUCACAGAGCUCACCCCCGAAGAGACCGAGAACCCUCUUGGUGGAUACGGACGCACGAUUAGCCACCUGAUCAUUGGAUUGAAGUCUGCCAAGGGCACUAAGAAGCUGCGCCUGGAUCCUAGCAUCUACGAAGCCAUCCAGAAGGAGCGCGUCACAGUCGGAGACGUUAUCUACAUUGAAGCAAACACCGGAGCAUGCAAGCGAGUCGGCCGAUCCGACGCCUAUGCGACCGAAUUCGACCUUGAGGCAGAGGAGUAUGUGCCCGUUCCCAAGGGCGAGGUCCACAAAAAGAAGGAGAUCGUCCAAGAUGUGACCCUCCACGAUUUGGAUAUGGCAAAUGCGCGCCCGCAGGGCGGUCAAGAUGUUAUGAGCAUGAUGGGCCAGCUGAUGAAGCCCAAGAAGACCGAGAUUACGGACAAGCUGCGCCAGGAGAUUAACAAGGUUGUCAACCGCUACAUUGACCAGGGUGUUGCAGAGCUGGUGCCCGGUGUUCUGUUCAUUGACGAGGUCCACAUGCUCGACAUCGAGUGCUUCACAUAUCUGAACCGCGCUCUUGAAUCGAGCAUCUCCCCCAUUGUCAUCCUUGCCUCCAACCGCGGCCACACAGUCAUUCGUGGCACUGACGACAUUAGUGCCGCUCACGAGAUCAAGACCAUCAUUCGCUUGCGCGCCAAGGUUGAGGGUCUCGUCAUUACAGAGCCAGCUUUGAACAAGGUUGCCGAGCAUGGCAGCAAGGUUAGCUUGCGGUAUGCCUUGCAGCUGUUGACCCCCGCCAGCAUCCUUGCGCGCGUCAAUGGCCGCCCGGCUGGAAUUGAAGAGGCCGAUAUUACGGAAUGCGAAGAUCUCUUCCUUGAUGCCAAGCGAAGUGCCGUCAUUGUUGGUCGGGAUAGCGACAAGUUUUUGUCAUAG